CUUUCCUCUCGGUUUUUCGUAAUUCAAAGUGUUGAGUUCUCCUUUUGGAGCUAAGGCAUUUCAUCCUUUUCAAUCCUGUUGAAAGGAAAGCAACCGGCACUAUUUCUGAAUUUAAGAUUAAAGUUUGAAACUACUGCAACAAGAAAACAUGUCAUCUUCCGAACUUGCGUGUGUCUACAGCGCCUUAAUCCUCCAUGACGAUGAUGUACCCAUCACGGGUGAGAAAAUCCAGUCUUUACUGAAUGCUGCUGGUGUAAUCGUCGAGCCUUUCUGGCCUGGUAUGUUUGCCAAGGCACUGGAAGGUCGUAACAUCGGUGACCUACUCUGCAGCGUUGGUACCCCAGGGGGUGGUGGUGGUGCUCCAGCUGCGGGGGGAGCUGCCGCAGGUGGAGAGGCGGCCGCUGAUGAUGCUAAGGAGGAGAAGAAGGAAGAAAAGAAAGAGGAAUCUGAAGAAUCAGAUGACGACAUGGGAUUCGGUUUAUUCGAUUAGAAAACCAUUGUAUCAAGAUCUUGAAUGUAGAGCAAAAUAAAGAU